AUGGUUUCGUAUACUUUGGCUUUUUACCAAUCAGAAUUCGACAAAUUUAUCUUAGACGUAUCUAUCCAUGGCCAUGUUUCCUAUAUUCCAGAUGAUGACACAAGGGUCAAGUUGCAGACUCUGCCAGACAAGCCUGGUUCUGACUACAUAAAUGCCAGCUACAUAGACGGCUACUCUGAACCUAGAGUCUACAUAGCAGCACAAGGUCCUAAUAAGAAGACUCUGACUGACUUCUGGAGGUUGAUCUGGGAAAAGAACUGUACCAGAAUCGUCAUGCUGACUAAUCUCAUGGAGAUGGGGAAGACGAAGUGUGCUGCGUACUGGUCGGACAAAAAGGAUUGGACUGUAGGGGACUUCAACAUAGCUGUAAUCAGCUCAAGCGAGAGAGCACACUGGGUUGUGAGAGAAUUACAAGUUACAGAGAAAAAGACAAACACUUGUCGGCGCUUCCAUCAAUUCCACUUCACAACAUGGCCUGAUCACUGGAUUCCUGAGGAGACGUCCUUGGCUGAGUUUCUGUGGCUGGUGAGGACAGCAGCUAACACCCACAGUGUCCCUUUACUUGUGCACUGCAGUGCUGGGAUCGGCCGGACAGGAACUUACAUCGCUGUGGACUACCUAUUGGACCAGGCUUUGACUGAAGAUAAGGUCGAUGUGUUUGGUUGUGUCUCCAAGAUGAGAGAUCAAAGAAAGGGCAUGAUACAGACCAAGGAGCAGUAUGCGUGUGUAUACCUGACACUACAAGAGGCGCUGGAGUUUGGAAACACAACUAUGGAUGCAGGUGUUCAGUCAGAAUCGAAAUGA